AUAGAGUUUUAGCGCAGUCUUGCUUUUUCAUAGGCGGGUGUCAACUGUGCGUGCGCCAAGGGGUUUACCGAUGCGAUUAACGAAGAAAACAAACCUACCGGGGAAACACUAAACAAAGCAUCCGAUUUUCUGUUUCGUCCGUGGACGAGCUUCGAGCCUGCUAGGAAUCAGCGUCCUAUACGCACACAAAGGAACAUUAAAAGAAACAAAGGUGAAUUGUGAAAUGCUUCAGCUUCCUCCAGUCAAUUGAGACAGCUUGAUCACAUGACCGAAGCUCUUCUGUCAGAUUGGAUCAUCUUUUGAGCAUCUAGACUGCCAAGAUUUUUCCCUUUUGAAGGUGUUGCCCCAGUUCCCUCCUCAACGACACCCGUCUGAGGUAAAGCGGGACCACAUAUUCUCAGAUUUCCCUACUGGUCGUCUUCUCAAAGGACAACAGUAGCGUUUGCUUCACUCUGGGUCAUGCUGUGUGGCUGAGUUCUAUGCUCUUGCUGAAAUGAGGUUGGUGGUUUUGGGGUCGUGGCCCCUUUUGGCCUUGGUCCUCACACUCACCUUUACCAGCCUAACUCACCUGUGCCAUGGUGCCGCACCCUUUCCUCAGGACCUGGAGCCCAUCGGCACCGUUGGCAGUGAACACACCUACCUGUACCCCAGUUUCCAGGGGAAUAUGUCCGAUAAUGACACUGCCAGACUGGGGAUGGAUUUUCAGAGGAUGCUGCGGAUUAACCACAUGCUCUACAUUGCUGCCAGAGAUCACGUUUUUGCCAUUAACCUCAGCGCUUCAGCGGAGCGUCUCAUCCCCCAACAGAAACUGACAUGGAAGACAAAGGAUGUGGAGAAAUGCACAGUCAGGGGGAAAAACAGCGAUGAGUGUUACAACUACAUCAAAGUGCUGGUGCCACGUAAUGACGAAACCCUCUUUGCGUGUGGAACCAACGCGUUCAAUCCCUCCUGUCGCAACUACAAGAUGUCGUCACUGGAGCAGGACGGAGAGGAGGUGGUCGGUCAGGCCCGCUGCCCUUUCGAAUCACGCCAAUCCAACGUCGGCCUGUUCGCCGGCGGUGACUUUUAUUCUGCUACGAUGACGGAUUUUCUGGCAAGCGAUGCAGUGAUUUAUCGAAGUUUGGGAGAGAGCAGUCCCGUCCUGCGCACAGUCAAAUACGACUCGAAAUGGCUACGGGAGCCUCAUUUCCUGCACGCUAUUGAGUAUGGAAACUACGUGUACUUCUUCCUCAGUGAGAUCGCUGUAGAGUACACCACCCUUGGCAAGGUGGUGUUCUCCAGAGUCGCACGCGUGUGCAAGAACGAUAACGGCGGUUCUCCGCGAGUUCUAGAGCGCUACUGGACGUCUUUUUUGAAGGCCCGAUUGAACUGUUCGGUUCCAGGCGAUUCCUUCUUUUACUUCGAUGUUCUUCAGUCGUUAACCAACGUCAUGCAGAUCAAUCACAGACCUGCUGUGCUUGGGGUCUUUACCACUCAAGCCAACAGCAUCACUGGUUCUGCUGUGUGCGCGUUCUACAUGGACGACAUCGAAAAAGUGUUUAACGGGAAAUUUAAGGAGCAGCGAAACAGCGAGUCGGCCUGGACGCCAGUUCCUGAUGAGAUGGUGCCUAAACCAAGACCAGGAUCCUGUGCCGGUGAUGGCCCUGCUGCUGGUUACAAGUCCUCAACAAAUUUCCCAGAUGAGACUCUAACAUUUAUUAAGUCGUACCCACUUAUGGACGAGGCCGUACCGUCUGUCAACAACCGACCUUGCUUCACACGAACCACAAGCAGGUUUAAGCUGACCCAGAUCGCAGUGGACACGGCAGCUGGUCCUUAUAAAAACUACACGGUUCUGUUUCUGGGCUCGGAGAAUGGGCGAGUUUUGAAGAUUCUUGCCAGCACACACCCAAACUCCACAUAUAGCACCCAGGUCUUGGAGGACAUAGAUGUGUACGACCCUAGCAAGUGUAAUGUGCAAGGUGAGGACCGGAGGAUUCUGGGAGUGGAGUUGGAUAAGGACCAUCACGCCCUCUUUGUGGCCUUUUCAAGCUGCGUAAUCCGCGUUCCUCUCAGUCGCUGUUCUGACUAUGGUGUCUGCAAAAAGAGCUGUUUGUCCUCGCGAGACCCGUACUGCAUCUGGCUGAGCGCGGGGAAUUGUGCCACCGUGGCGCCUGGGCUAAAGUCUGGAUUUGAACAGUAUGUCGAGAGCGGAUAUCUUCAGUACCCAGACAGCUGUCAUGAUGUCUUAGCCACGACCCGCAAACAGAACCCCGCUGUGGACUCCGCAUAUGGAAAGACCUCACCCACAAUCGCCACCACAACCAAUCAGGGGCCAGCUCUGCCUAAAGUCAAAGGUGUCCCUGAGACAGGUACCCACCCCGAGGAGGGGAGGCGGGGAGGGCAGGGCUCUCCUGAGUUGGAGCCAAUCAUUGUGGAGAUGGAGGGAGUGCGGCGAAAUCCCGAGGCAGAUAAGUCCAACCACAGCGUUCACUACACUCUGCUGAUUGCGUGUGUACUGGUGGCGUUCGUCCUUGGCGCUUUCCUCUCCGGAUUCCUCGUUUCCUGUUAUUGCAACCAUAAUGUCAACAAGACCAAGAGGCUGUCGAAAGACCCAGAGGCACCGAUCCCCCACGCUCUGUCCCUGCGCAGCCUGGCCAGGCUAAACGGCCUGCUGGAGGGUCAAAAUAAGGAUGAGAUGCUGGAAGUGUCUUCGCCCAAACUCUACAAUGCUUUCUUUGCCAAUGGCAAAGAGCAGGCACACCGUAGGAACGCCCACCAUGCUGCCAUGACGGAGCUCAUUCAUCCACAUCACCAUCAUUCUGCUGAGCUCUCCGGCCUGCCCACGCCCGAUUCGACACCGGAGCUUCCAAUCAAGAGCAUGAAGGCCUUCAAGAACCAAUGGGAGAAGAAUCAAAACUGCAAUAAUGCUAAAGAACCCAAGUCGCAUAAUAUGGGCGCAUCUCGGCCAAGUUCUGCUAUCCAGCAUCAGAUGUUUCCCUUCUCCCAAGGUCUGACCAAUGGACAGGUUUUGGGUGGCUCAGCGCACCUCGAGGAACGCAAAGUGCACAAUGCGGAACGCGUUGUAAAUCAGCCGUACCACUGUUACCCGCACAAGAUCGUGGACGUUACCUCCCUCGACGAACUUCUGAAACACAUCCAUGAAAUCAACGUGGCCACAAGUAAAAGUCCCACCGUCCUCACCUCCUCCAUGUCGGCCCACGCCGGUCAGAUGGCAUUCGCCAACCGCGUCCAGCCUCAAAUCCCGGAAACGGAGUCGGCGCCGUAUUACAGCUCCUCCACGCUCCCUCGGGACAGCCUCACCCGUCGCAUGGACGUCCCACCUGAAAUCCCUCUCCAUCAUCAGUCCACACUGGAGAGAGUGUCGCGUCACGCAUCUCAACGGCACUCGCUUAUAACCACCCCCAAGAUGCACAGCGGGGGCGUGGUGCCACGGCAACACAGCUUCAACCAGCGCAGCCCCCAUCAGCCCCUCCUGCUCUCCCGCAUGAACUCCAGCGGCAGCAGUUCGGGUUGUGACGUACGGCACCCGCUCAUCCCUAACGGAUAUCUAACGCGUCAGCACAGUUACAGCGAGCAGCAGGAUGUUCACCGUGGAGCGAUCGUCCGUCGGACAGCCUCGCUCAAGCCUGACGUCCCUCCCAAACCGCUGUUCAUCCCUGCCAGCUCACCUGUCAACCAGGCAGGGAAGUUCAACUACUGAACGAUAGAAAAGAAAAGCCUGUGGUUUUUCGUGGAAAGUUCUCUCAACCUAUCAGAGCUAAACAUGGUCAACAAGGAUUCAAGGAUCAAAGAAAAACUGCCUUUAUCGGAUACAGAUCCUCUAAAGAUUGACUGCCAGUGUUGUCGACUUCACAUUAGAACUAUGACCUGUUUUUCUGUUUCAUUAAUAUAUUUGUACCAUAUUGGUAUUGCUCAGCUAUUGGCCAAUAGGAGGGGAGGAGUUUCAAGCGUCCACGCCCACCUAGAUUUAGCCUGCCACAGUAAUGAGUGUGUGGCUUUACAGUGUUACUUUGGAUCGUCUAGACAGGCAUUACUGAUCCUGGAGUUCUGGACCUGAACUUGAAUCCAAAUCAGCAUACACACCUUUGAUACUGGUGUUGCUUUGGCUUAACUAUUCUGUUCAUGUAGAGUUGAUGAACUGUGCUGAUCCGAAUUACAAACGUGUAUAUAUGCAUGUGUGUGUGUAUAUAUACAUAUAUAUGUGUGUGUGUGCGUGUGUACGGGUGUUCAUAUCUGCACAGAAUAUGUGGACACACACAUACCCAGUGUAUGUAGAAUAUUGAAAUGGUUCAGCCCCUCAAAGUUUUUGCCUUAUUUGCAAACACAACCAAUGAAGAGUUCUCUGUCAAAUCCAUAAGCAAUAAGCUCCACCCCAUCCUUUCCACUCCAGUGUAAUGCAACUACAAGAAUUAUAACUCCGUAAGGUUCAAAUGUAAUCUGUGGAUAUAGAUACAGUUUCAUCGCAGUGCUUAGUCCCCGAUGAGGUGAAUUGGUCUUACUGUCAUGAAGGAAAUGUAUAUACCUAAGAAGAAUGUAUUGCUCAAGAAUUGGUUCGAGGUGCUCAAAUAUUUACCCUUGGUGUACUCUAAUGUGAUCAUCCAAGUUCGUUUUUACCCUUCUUCAAAAGAAUCAUCUUAACCAGGUGUGACACAAUAAUAGUUCUAUCAAAAUCUUCAGCCCCGCCCACUACGGAGCCCCGUCCCACUGCGCCACAUAACCGUAUCCUACACUUCAAAAUGUCUUUUGGUUGGUGGUUACCAAUCAAAGCGGGCGGAAAAUUGGAAACGUGUCACGACUGGCUAAGACGAGCCAAAAAAGUCCAGAAUAAAAUGAUUUUCAACUAUUGCCCCGAGUUAUUCUUAUAUGUUAAAAGAAAAAUUGUAUCGAUAUUAACACUACAACUGUUUUGUGUACAUAGAUAUAAAAAAUAACUAGCCAAAUUUUUAUUGUUUGUGUAAAUUUGUGCCUUAUUUAAUAUGAUGUGUUGGGGGGUUGGCGGCAGAGGGGUCAAAUUGAAAGAACAGGGCAGAGAAGCUGUCAUUAUAUUUUUAUUUUUUUUAUUUGGUUGUCUGUAUGUGUCAUAACUGUUGUAGAUAUAUAUUUCUAGAUACUUUUGAUAUCCCCAGGCUGUGUGAGGCUUUCGCAUUUGGAUCAGCAUCUGUGUAUGUAGUUUACCUCUAUCUUUAUUUCUCCCUCCUUUCUUUCUUUCUUUCUUUCUUUUCUGAUGCAUUUAAUCUCAACAGUAAUCGAUGUCAACAAUAAACUCAUGGGUCUUUCCUGAAUUGUAUGAUGCAGGAUAUGUGAACUUCUACACUUCAGCGUAUCUUCACAUCUUCGGUUUAAUAGCGAGAGGAAGACUUCUUAGGAGGAGAGACGCGUGUGUGGGUGUCUGUGUGGUUGUGUGAUCCGUGAGCAGUAGGCUGUAGUUCAAAAACCUCCCUUUGCUUUCCCCCACUACUUCAGUAACUCUGCUCAAACUCUUCAUCUUCUUCCUCAGUCUGUCUAAGACUCUAUGAUGUGUCGGCUUUUGCAUAAAUUCUUGGUGCUGGUCUGAAGUACACUUUUAUCACGUACACUUGAAUGAACCUUUUAAAUUGGCUGCCUGUAACUGUGUGCUCUGUCGCCCCGUUCAAAACCAAAUGCAACAUUGCAUUUUAAAGAACUGCUACUGCAUCAUAUGCAUUACAGAUGAAAAAUGGACAGAGGGUUCAACGUCUGCUCUGCCCUCUGCUGCAAACUGGAGUGAAAGACUGGUGCAGGAGUUUCCGGGAGGAGUAGUUUCUUUGAAUUUCUAUAGGUAUUCUGAUGGAAAGGGAACUGCGCGUGUCUGUUUUACCUGCUUUAACCAUUGAGGUUUUCUGUUAUUGCACAGUGUAAAUACAGUCCUGGAGUUUUCCAGGAUUCAGUGCUCUGUUACGAUUACUAUUGGGCAAAGCCCCAUGGAUUCUCCACCCCUGCUUUUAUGGAAUACUGUUGUAUUUUCCUUAUAACAGAAAUAAAUGAGAGAUCAUAACAUGAA